AUGGCCUCUACAUACUCUUCCACCGUGCCCCUAACCAUCAUCGACCUCCGUCAAUCACUCACUCACGAUGCCAAGAGACAAAAGAUCCACCAAGAUGACUACCCGAGCCCUCCUCACUGUGUCGGUGCCGACAUCACCACUGCUGCCUCAGAUGUCGAUGUCGUCCCCCUUGACAUUAUCCUCGAGAACCCUGAGGCUGCCUGGGACAGUGCUGACUCGGACAGUCACGACGACAUGACCGAUGUCUCCUCCCCGACCGACGAGGUCCAUCUCCUCGAUGAACAUCGCCAUCUCCAUCACCGGGACAGCACCAGCAGCAGCAGCAGUGGAAGCAGCAACAACAUCAAUAUGGAGCUAGAGUCUACCGGCACAGCGAUCGAGGAACCGUCGUCCUCUGAAGGCUUCGAUUUACCCAAGAUGAUCCUGUCGAGCCUGAAGCCUGUGGUCGAGGGAGCCCCCAAGGCCAUCCCUACCAUGGUUCUUUACGAUGAUUAUGGUCUCCAGCUCUUUGAUCAGAUCACCUACUUGCAAGAGUAUUACCUCACGCAGGAAGAGAUUGAGAUCCUUGAGCGCGACGCCGACAAGAUUGUCGACCAUAUUCCCGACAACAGCGUCGUUGUUGAGCUCGGAGCCGGGUCCCUCCGCAAGACCGUCUUGUUACUGAAUGCCCUCGAGAGAAAGCGCAAGAACAUUCGCUACUUUGCCCUCGACCUGAUGCUCGACGAGCUGACCAAGUCGCUCAAGUCUCUGGGUCAGUUCGCCAAUGUCAAGACGGCCGGACUUUGGGGCACCUACGACCAAGGCAUGGCUUUUGUCAGUUCCUUUGGGUCCGAGGUCCCUAAGACUCUUCUCUGGUUGGGAUCCUCCCUCGGCAACUACACCCGUGAGGAAGCCAAGGAUUUCCUUGCCUCGUACCGCAAGUCCCUCAACGUCGGCGACAACUGGAUCAUUGGUAUCGAUCGCCGCAACGACGCCCAAGAGAUUACUAUCGCCUAUAACGACCCCAAGGGCGUGACGCGUGACUUUGUCAUGAACGGUCUGGAUCACAUCAACGUCCUCCUCGGCCAAGACUUUAUCGACCGCCAAAAGUUUCGCUAUUUCGCACAGUACAAUGUCGAGGUCGGACGGCACGAGGCGUACUACCAGGUCAAGGAGGCCCAUGAACUCGUCUACACUGCCCCUUCCACGGGUGAGGAGAUCCGUAUUGCCCUUGCGCAGGACGAACUCAUCAACGUCGAGUACUCGUACAAGUGGUCUCCUCAAGAGUCGACGCAGCUGUUUGAGGAUACCGAGAUGACCAAGGUCGGACAGUGGACCAGCUCCAGCAACCGUUACGACCUUCACCUUGUUCAGAAGACGCCUUUUUACUUCAAGACCCCCGUGGCCGACGAGCCAUUGCCCUCGCAGGACGAGUGGACGGAGCUCUGGAAGUCCUGGGACCUUGUCACCAUGACAAUGAUCCAACACCCGACCAUGCUACUCGAGAAGCCCAUUGCUCUUCGACACCCCUUCCUUUUCUACCUGGGACACAUCCCUACGUUCCUCGAUAUUCAACUCUCGAAAGCUCUCAAGGAGCCAUUCACGGAGCCUUCGCAUUUCAGUGUCAUCUUUGAGCGUGGAAUUGACCCAGAUGUCGAGGACCCCACUCAGUGCCAUUCACACUCGGAGGUGCCUGACUCUUGGCCCGAGGUCGAAUGUAUCAUUGCAUUCCGGGACCGUGUUCGCGAGCGUCUCUUUAAGAUCUUGAACGACCCUGUCUCUUACCCCAUGACCCGUCGGCUAUCUCGCAUAGUAUUCAUGGCCUUUGAGCACGAAGCGAUGCACCUCGAGACUAUUAUCUACAUGCUCGCACAGUCGCCCAACACGGCGCCUCCUCCCUCGAUCCCAGCACCAUGGGCAGUCAGGAAGAGCGCUGCCGAUGACACAUUCUCAAGCGGAGAACCACUGUCGCCUUCGACCGUCUCCCCCGCCACCUGGUUCUCGAUCAACCCUGCACAGCUUGACAAGGACAUCAUCUCGCUCGGCCACAACGAUCUUGAAUCUGACGACCUGACCGAUGCUCACAAGAAGGACCUCACGACAGCCUUUGGUUGGGACAACGAGCACCCUUUCGUUACGUCUCGCCCUCUUCCCUCGACAUUCGAGAUCCAGUCCCGCCAGGUGACGAACGACGAGUUCUUGGGAUACUUGAAGGCAGUUGGUGUCACCAACAAGACUUUACAAGGAAACGAAAAGACACCUGCGUCGUGGUUGAUUCAAGAUGGCGAUGAGGUCUUUGUCAAGAGCGUCUAUGGCCCCGUGCCCCUGGAGGUCUCGGGUGUUUGGCCUGUCUCGUGCUCCAACAUCCAGGCUACCGGAUAUGCAGCCUGGCUGUCGACUCAACAGGGCGCCAUCUACACGCUGCCGACCGAGCACGAGCUCUCGAUUGCCUUCAAGUUGAGACAAGCAACAGUCCCCAAGACCGGAUUGGAGACCUACGGAUUCCGGCAAUGGUACCCCACUCUCGACCACCAAUCCCUCUCGACCGCCUCCUCCUCCUCCAACUCUUCCCAUUUCAGUGGCCCCGGUGGUCUCUGGGACUGGACAUCUACCACAUUCGCACCGCUGGACAAGGAAGGGUUCAAGACCUCGACCCUGUACCCGGGCUACUCGACCGACUUUUUUGACGAGAAGCAUAUGGUGGUUCUGGGAGGCUCUUGGGCGACUCACCCCCGGAUUGCGGAGCGCCGGAGUUUCCGCAACUGGUACCAGGCCAAUUAUCCGUUCGUGUUUGCCGGGUUCCGUCUUGUCCGACGCGCUUAG